GUCUCAUCAGUGUGUGCGAGGCUGGUGGCGGGAGAGGACGCGCCAGGGCGGAGUGGUCGGGCAGUGUAGCAAACAUCCCGCGCUGCCUUGGCCCCUCGUAGUGUAUAGUGCUGUCCCUCCACGCCGCCGGGAGUAUCCUAUAGACGUGUGUGUGACGCUGUGCUGACGAGGAUGUAACGAACCAGGAGCAUCAGCGGUGUUUUAAAAGCGGCCCUAUCCCACCACCGCGCCGGAGGGAGGUGGUGGUGGUGGUGGUGGAGCUCGCUGGCCGCGGGAUGGCCACGCCGCGCCCCGCACACUGCCAGGUGACGGCAGCAGCUGUGGCCCUACGGUAACUCUAGCUGAGCGACUUGAAGGUUUUUGCAAUCUGGUGCUCCUUCGAGUGACGACUGGCGACAACAGCGACUUGAAACGACAAGUUAACGUCAAGGUGGUUUCUGAGUGACUCCCAAACGAGUGAUUUGUGUACCUGAAGUAACUCACGGGGACAAACUUCUGUGGUUGUGUUUGAGGAAGCGAAAGAUUUUAACUCUUUGUGUCUGCCAAGUGGAAAUCCAAGUGUUGCUGGAAAUUACAUUGAACUCCUGAAGACAUGUGCUCCUGAUUGGUCAUGUACAGACGAUUUUGAGCAGUGAACAUCCAGUGGUCAAGCGUCAGUUCCAAGCAAGCACGUGUCACUUGAGGAGGUCAGUGCAGCGCCAUAGGCAAAGUGCGCUACGAGGCGGUUCCCUGCCCUAGCCGCCCCUAUCAUUGCCCUUCUCCUCCUCCUAUAUGCAAGCUCCAGCAGCCGGCCAACGCUCCUCCACUCCGAAGGCGGGACCGGGUUUCUAUGUCCUUUUCCGUGGGCCCCGGUCCGUCGUAUGCAACCGCGGGGGCUUGGACACCUGACCAGGACUCUGUGGUGUCUGGCUUCACCGACGCCAGCCUCUACGCCUCCCUGCAGCGGCAUCCUCAGUACUCACAGCAGUCCCAGUACCAGUACCACCAGCAGCAGCAACAGCAGCAGCAGCAGUACCAGCACCCACAAGCCAGACAGAAGGCUUCGUUUGUCUCCCUCAGGAACGUCAAUGCUCGACCACUCCACAAGAGAGGAAGGCGGGUCAGUGAGAUGACGGCAGGAGCGGGUGGCGACGGCGGCAUGGGAGGGGAAGUGAUUGAGGUGCAGAUCCUCCCACAGGAUGACAACUGGGGGGACAACACCACUGCUAUCACCGGCAACACCUCAGUCCGCUCUGAGUCCUUUCAGGAUGUGACCAUCAUUGGCCGCGACCAGGAGACAGGCGUCACCUUCACCUGCCAGCGGUAUGCCGGGUCAGCCCUCUGUGCACUGGUGGCCUUGUUUGCCUUCCUUAGCCCCAUUGCUAUGGUGCUGAUCCCUCGCCUCAAUGUGAUUCAGCUGAAGAGUGAGCACCUCAAGUGUGACUCAGAGUGUGAUGGUCUCCUCAUCAGCUUCUCCUUCAAGCUCCUCAUCCUCCUUCUGGGAUCCUGGGCACUCUUCUUCAGACAGCCCAAAGCCACCAUGCCCAGGAUCUUCAUCUUCCGGGCACUGGUGACGAUGCUCAUAUUUGUGUUCACCUUCUCCUACUGGUUGUUCUACGUGGUGCGCAUCCUGGAGAACAGAGAUGAGGUGCGGUAUCGUUCCAUUGUGUAUUUUGCGGUGAGUCUUGUGGAUGCGCUGCUCUUCAUCCAGUACCUGGCUGUGAUCCUCCUAGAGCUGCGCCACCUCACACCACAGUACAUGGUGAAGGUCCUGCGCUCCCCAGAUGGAGAGAGCAGAUGGUACAACAUCGGGCAGCUUAGUGUACAGAGAGCUGCUGCCUGGGUGCUGGAGAAGUAUUACCAAGACUUUGGUAUUUACAACCCCUACCUGGACCGUGUUCCUUCCAAGAAGAAGCCUCACCCCUCCAACUCGUCCUUCAAAUAUUAUGAUGUAGAUGGCAAUGAGGAGAAUCCUGAGAGCCACACCCGGGCAGUGCUCACAGCCAGUGCCCGGCGGAGGGACUCGGCCCACAAUGAGAGAUUCUAUGAGGAGCACGAGUAUGAGCGACGUGUGAGGAAACGAAAAGCCAGACUCAUCACAGCUGCAGAGGAAGCAUUCACCCACAUCAAGCGCAUGCAUGAUGACCAAGGUCAGAGCACACCCAUGAACCCCCAUGAGGCAGCCCAGUCCAUCUUCCCUUCCUUAGCCCGAGCUUUGCAGAAGUACCUGCGCAUCACCCGCCAGCAGCCGCGCCACACCAUGGACUCCAUCCUGAGCCAUUUAGCAAUCUGCCUCGCCCAUGACAUGAGUCCCCGCGCCUUCUUGGAGAAGUACCUCGUCUCUUCACCUGUCAUGCAGAAUGACAAGGAGCACCGAGGGGUGCAGUCCUGGGGCCUGGUGUGUGACCAGCUGCUGUCACGCCCCAUCAACGGUGGCACCAUUUUCCAGCUAAGGCAAGCUGAUGUUUGCCUCCUGUGCACUGUCUCCCAUAUACCCCACUUCUCAAUAGCAGAAGAAAUCAUCCAUCCAAAGAGCAAUAAGUUUGUGCUGCGGCUAAACUCAGAGACCAGUGUUUAGGAGCACGUGUGUGUGUGUGAGUGUGAGUGUGAGUGUGUGGUAUAAAGUGAAAUAUUAGGUCCCAAAUACAGUGUCGUAUAUUUGGCUCCAAAUUAAAUUCGCAAUUGCUGUGAGGACAAAAAUCUUUUAUUAUUCACUCUGACUGUUAUGUGUGCUAGUUACCACAGUGAGUUAUGCCAAAGUACUCGGACGGUUUAAAUUUUACCUGAGUAGACGCAACCAGACAUGAGCACUGCUGUAAGAACGCUGUGUGAAUUACUUAGAGUGGGUGGAUGGCGUGAGAAUCUACGAAUGAUGUGAAAUUUCAGUUAUCCUAUUCUUAUCUGCAAAAUCAUUGGAGUACAGCACAACCUUCUAAGUGCACACACUGAAGAUAUUAAGCUGAUGAGUGUGCUGAAGGAUGCUGGUAUCCCCCCCUGCUGCAUAGAGGAGUGGACAGUGCAUGAAGCCUUAGAGCUGGCUACGGCUGUGUUCAAGUGAUCAGUGUUGCCUCGGUAAACUAAACCUCUUUUCAUAUUUAAAUAGUGCAUAUAUACAUACUGUACCUUGUGUACUUCAUAUGUAGUGUCACGUUUUUUGUAAGUCAGACUCCCAGUAUUGUCCUGAGGCUGGGCAGUGGUUUUUGACUCUGACCUUAUUAAUGCAUAAGCUCAAAGUGUACAUUUAGGUACUGAGAUGAGAGCGGAAAGUAAAUUCACCACUUUCUAGUCGUUUUCAGUGGGGAUUUGUGUUGUGUGUCAAGUACUUUGUGUUGUCAGUGUAAAAAGGGUUGUAUAGGGAGUUGUAAAAGGCCUUAAUAGUAGAGUUGUUAUAAUAUAUGACUAUAUAAGUUAUCUCAAUGUGUCUUAAAUCAGCUGCUUUCACUCACUGGAGCAGUAAUUCAGGGCCUGUCACCACCGCCACCACCACCACCACCUUCAUGGCUUCACUUGCUCUGCUAUUGGUGGUUUGGAUUUGCAAUUUUUCUACUGCUAACUUUCGUAUCCUUGAAUGUGUCACUUUCAUCCUGCCUUUCCCCAACACCACCAUGACCCCUUUCUUGAUGUCUCAGUCUGUGGCAGUGAUCUCAGUGUGUUGCAGUGGAGUGGCGUCUUCUGCCCAGCCUGCCCUCGGAAGCCCUGAUGUGAAUAGUAACUCGCAAAUUUAAAAGUGAUGUAGUGACUGUAUUUAUAUUUGAUAACUUACUUUUCAUUGAAUGUAUCUUUCAAAUUCUAAGUUGAUGAAUUUGUUAUAUGUAAUUUUUCGGUCAGUUUUCUGUCUUUGUGCACAGCCUUGAGCCACAACUUGUAAAGAGGGAAUAUUGUAAGAGAAACAUAGUAUGACUUUUGAUACACUAAGGAAUUAAUCACAAGCCAGGCAAUAAAGGCAUUAAACAUAUAUAAGAGUGGCAGGGGAUUGAACCUGGGAGGACACAUGAAAUACAGGACUCUCGAGCUGUCAAAGCAAACAGCAAAGUCGUAUGAAACUGUUUUGGGUGAUGAGAGAACACUGCUCAUCCCACCAAGAAACUGUUGUGAGCUGUGUAUUGAGAAACACUACUGAGCCACUGACUCCCACCAAGGCCCAAGAUUAGCUUUGUCUACUUAAACUGUGGUUUUUCCUCUUCUGUUAAGCGAAUCUUUGGUAUCUGCAAUCAGCAAAUGUCUUGUGAGGAAUAUUUUUAGCUGUUUGUGUAUCCUCAUUUCUCUUCCUCAGUAGCAUUCCCUUCAGAGGUGACAGAUCUAUGUGAAGUAGAUCCAUAUAUACAUGUUUUCAUUUUCUCAUACAUCAUACACUUCAUUGAUCCACACCAUCUGACAACCACUGUAAUAAUUUGGUUUCUUACCUGCUGAGAGUGAUUCGGAGCCGGCAGGUUUUCAAUAUGUACAGGAGUGGUUAGGACUGCAGCUUUGAUAGGACAUCCAAAGUAUAUAAUUGUAUGUGUCAAGCCAAGAUGAUUACCAAGGCUCAAGUUUAGGUUUGUCAGCUGUAAUUGUCCCAUCAUUACAGGCAUGUCUAAAUAUUUCAGAUGUGAAGAAACAAGUAAUUUCAAAUAAAUCACUUGUAACUUGAAUUCUGAAAUAAACAGUGCUUGAGAAAAUGUAAAGCAAAGUUGAAAGUAUUUAUUUUUAUGUAUAACAAGUUUAUCUCCUGUUUCAGUAAUGAUGUGUGUGUGACUGAGAAGUAUACAUUAUUCACUCACCCAAUUAUGUACAAUGAAAGAUUUUGUAUGAGAGUGCAAUAACCUUAUUUGUGCCCAGCCAAAGGAUUUUCUGCAGUGUAUAUAAAUGUACAUAUUAAUGUUAUUAUUUUUUUAGCUUAAACAUUAGGUUGCUAUUUAUUUUUAGUUAUGUAUUUGUAUGAGGAAUCUGUCACCACCGAGGCUUGCUGAGCUGGCCCCACACUGCCGGCCACUCAGCGGUCCUGGUCUGAGAGUGGGAAGAUACAUCAGGGUCAGUCCUGGAAGAAAAAUACUCAGAGAAUCAUGUGUUUAAACUCAAAAAAUCUAUCAGAAUGUAGAAUCGUACUUAUAAGUAUAUCUAAUCCCAUGUGUAAGAAGUGAGUCCUGGAAGAAAAAUACUCAAAACAUCUCAUGUUUACUCAGAAAAGUUGUUAUAUAAGUGUACCUGUAAGUGUGACUCUCAAGUGUAAAAAGUGAUUAUAUAUAACUAGAGUUCCAUGUCUUUGUGUGUCAAUGACGUGCCCAAGUGUGUGGUGUUCCCCACUCCCCGUGUCACCCAGCUCUUGCCGUCAAGUGGCACUUGUCUUGCCCCUACCAAACAAAGUUCUCAUACACCAAGAAAUGUAAUCAGAGAGUGAAGUUGUGCCAGCCCAGCAUGGAUCAGCUGGUGUGUGCCACUCAAGGGCUUGCCAUAUGUUUACUGCAGUCAUGAGUUGUCGGGGUGAAGGACUGGUGGUGGGCGGGACCUGUUGGGAGGGAAUGGCAUGUACCUUCGGAGAUUGGAGAGAGGGAAUGCUUAAGCCAGUUCUCUAAAAGCAGAGCAGCAAUUAUAAUUCUAAAUAGUUAUUAUAUAAACAUUUAUUUUAACUCCAGAUACACUACUGUAAUUCUCAGUGUUCACUCAAAGCAAUUUAUAAGGUCUUAGGAUAACAUUUUCAUUGUACAAAUUAAUGUUAUGUAUGUUUUGCAUCACUAUUGAAGUAGAAACAGCGGCUUCCUCCCUCCCAGCCUAGCCACCAGCCAGCCAUCCCAACGACACCUUCUCAUUGGUUGAUUUGUGGUCUUCUUGGUCAUAUCAAGUUGUAAAAUAGAAUAGUACAUGCUGUUUAUAAUCAAUAAUAAAAGGACUGCCCGUA